UCGCAAAGCGCAAAAACUCCUCACUCGCAGCCAGGCAGCCCUCCCUCUCCCUCCAGUCCACUACCGAAGCUUUAGCGGUGAUACAGCCUUGGCCAACCCAGGCACAAGGUACCGCUGCGCAAGAAAAGAGUAAUCCAGGACGCGGGAAAUUCUGUCUGCAGUCUCCUGAAGCCAAAAAAAAAAAAAAAAAAAAAAAAAAAAAAAAAUGAAACUUCAGUUAUUUGUCAUAGAUCUAAUAUUUCUGUGCAUAUCUUGCGGAGCAAGUGCAUUGGCAACGAGUAUUCCUUCUGUGUCCACGUCCCUGCCAGCCGCCAAUUUCACCGGUCUUGGUGCAGCGCACAGCUAUGGAACAGACACCACGACUAUUUCUAAAAGCAGGAGGAAGCGUUACAUUAGUCAGAAUGACAUGCUUGCCAUUCUUGAUUACCAUAACAAAGUGAGAGGGAAAGUGUUUCCCCCAGCAUCCAAUAUGGAAUACAUGGUGUGGGAUGACACUCUGGCUAAGACAGCCGAGGACUGGGCUCAUGCCUGCCUGUGGGAGCAUGGGCCACCUCACCUCCUCAGGUUCCUGGGUCAAAACCUCUCCGUCAGGACAGGACGUUAUCGAUCAAUUCUUCAGCUGGUGAAGCCAUGGUACGAUGAGGUCAAAGACUAUUCUUUUCCAUAUCCCCGUGACUGCAACCCUCGAUGCCCUCUCAGAUGCUAUGGGCCCAUGUGUACCCAUUAUACACAGAUGGUGUGGGCAACGUCCAAUAAAGUCGGCUGCGCGGUUCACACGUGCCACAAUAUGAAUGUAUGGGGUUCAGUGUGGAAGCGGGCAACAUAUUUAGUUUGCAACUAUUCGCCUAAGGGUAACUGGAUCGGAGAAGCUCCCUACAAAGUAGGCGUGCCCUGCUCCGCCUGCCCCCCCAGCUACGGGGGCUCCUGCAGCAACAACAUGUGCUUCCCUGCUCUCAAGACAAACUACCUGCACUGGUUCAAAUAAAUACAGGUCUCCUCCUGACAUAAGCUGACAACCUACAGUACCACAGAGACAUUAUUUUAAUCCCGUAAGGAUUUGCACAACAGUCGUUGACCACACUAUUUUGUAUAUAUGGGCUUAUUUAAAGACACAAACAUACAUUUGAAGGCAGCAGACAAUUUAGUGUUGAUGACUUGUAAAUAAACUGUAAAUUAAUUUGUUACUAUUUUAAUUGAUGAAAUAUAAUUUAUAUGGAAAAUGGGUCCUUAAACACAGUAUAUACCUUAUGUGGUGCUGCAUACAGUUUUGUUUCUACUAUAUUUGUUUACCAUUGACAAUGUGGUAAUUAAGGACAUAACACCAUCAUAGCUGCUCAUACCUGCUCACUUUGGUGCUACGGGCAUCACACCUUCAUGUUGUGUGCUCUGCCUUCACAGGAAUGUUGCGAUGUAAAGAUCAAAGCUUUUGACCUGAGAGGGAAAACCUACGCUGGCGGUGUCAGCUCAGUAGCCGCUGUCGACCCUGCAGUAGGUUACAAACUUCACACUCGUGUCUAUUUGCGAUUUCCAUUUCUAUCUUGCAACAAAUUGGCAAAAGGUUUGUUGGAAAAAAAGUGCACUUACUGUAACCCAAAAGCAUAUCACGGCUGUAUACAAAAGGAAUAUACAACAAUGACACAGGGAUGUCUUUUUUUUUUUUUACCUCCCUCUGUUGUCAAAAGUUUGUUUCUUCAAUUUCACGGUGCAUUUUAAUCUGCACUGAUUAGGUUGUGUUUCAUUACAGGCAUCAUCUUCAUCUUUUGGGGCAUUUCACAGGUUUCAUUUAUAUUUCACAUACCAUAAGUCUGACCCACAUAUCUGUUUUAUAAUCAUAUUUGGUAUAGAGUAUAUUGGUAUACUGUAUACCAAUGUAUAUAAAUGUCUUGGAAUAUUGGACAAAUGCAGUGUUUGUAUGUUGUAAUGAUCUUUUCACUGAUGUUGUAGCUAUGGUUUUGGAGUUAGGCACUCAAGUGCACCUUAAUUGUUUGUAUAUUUUCCAAAGUACCAGGAAAUUAUUAUUUUUUGUACAUGUAGAUAAUCAUUACACCUUGACUAUCCUUAAACUUCAAGUAUUCUAUAAGUUAUUCAUUUUUAUAUGGGAAAAUAUUUAAUUGUUAUCGACUUUUUUUAUUGUUUUGUAAAAGGAUUGUACAUAUAUCUAUACAAUUUAAAGGUACUGAAUAUGGUUCAUUUGCAUGUCAACUUUUAUAAUGGUGAAGAAAAUUUACCCUAAUGUAAAUCAAGGUGGUAGAUUUAUACGAAUUAAGCACUAGCGCAAUAUUGGCAAGUAAACGCUUCAACCCUUCAACUUUGGCGAAUGGCUCGGAAUUCCCCAAAUCGGGGACAGUUUCUCAGUACGAUCCAACACUGAGAGGGACUUAAGCACAUAUCUCCAGUGUAAUAAAAACAUAGUCAAGAAGACAUGAAAAUGUUGACUUUGAUUUAAAAAAAAAAGAAAAACUUUAGUGGGAUAUAAUGCAUUACAAAACAGGAAAUGAACAUUUUCCGCACUGACUGUAUUUAAAUCAACGUCAACAACAAGCUAUUUAUGCAGUGAACUGUGUUUUUCUUGUUGUGCUUUGUAUUUGUAAUAAAACAAGAAC